AUGGUUCCUAACACCAUCGCGGGGAAGAUCUUUGGCUCCAUCUGUUCCUUGAGUGGAGUUCUGGUCAUCGCUCUGCCCGUACCUGUCAUCGUGUCCAACUUCAGCCGAAUCUACCACCAGAACCAGAGAGCGGACAAGAUGAGAGCCCAGCAGAAAGUACGAAUGGCCCGGAUCAGAAUGGCAAAGAAAGGAACAACCAACGCCUUCCUUCAGUACAAGGAGGAUCGAGGAAUAGGGGAGCACGACAGCACGGCCGUGUGUGUGAAGAACAGAUCUGCCUUUGAGCAUCAGCACCACCACCUGCUGCACUGUCUCGAAAAAACUACUAAUCACGAGUUCACAGAUGAGAUAACGUACAGUGAGCUGUGUGUGACGGAGUCCGCCUUCAGGACGAGCCGCAGCACUUCUCUGUCCAGCCAGCAGGGGGCGCACAACAACUCCUCUUGCUGCUGUCCGCGGAGGGCUCGAAGAAGAGCAGCCAUGAGACUGGCCAACUCAACGGUGUCUGUGAGCCGAGGCAGCAUCCAGGAGCUGGACACUCUGCACUCAAAGACCACCACCAUCACAACACAGACGUAA